AAGGGGCAUCCUUGAGCUCUGGAUCUGUCUUUUCCGGUUACCCCAAGGGCUUUGGUUCUUUGUCGUCGUCUCCGUCAAGGCAUUUCCUUUCAGUUCAGAGGCCGCUUCGCUCCUGGUGGGGUCGACUUGGCGGGCAGCCCUGUGACGGCGGGUCGGGGUGCGUGACGCUGGCAGAGGGAGACCGCCGCCGCCACCGUCGCCACCACCUGCUGGGACUCUGUGAGGACCCCCCUCCCAGCCCUAGGCGGACUCCGCACAACUUAGCAGCAAAGCCUCUUCUUUGCCCCCCACUUCGCUUCCACAGACGGUGCUGAGAGAGAAUCAUGAAAGAAGAAGUGAAGGGAAUUCCUGUAAGAGUGGCACUGCGAUGUCGCCCUCUGGUCCCCAAAGAGAUCAGUGAGGGCUGCCAGAUGUGCCUGUCCUUUGUACCUGGGGAACCUCAGGUGGUGGUUGGCACUGAUAAAUCCUUUACCUACGAUUUUGUAUUUGAUCCCUCUACUGAACAAGAGGAAGUCUUCAGUACAGCAGUAGCACCACUUAUAAAAGGCAUAUUUAGAGGAUACAAUGCUACUGUCCUGGCAUAUGGGCAGACUGGCUCUGGAAAAACCUACUCUAUGGGAGGUGCAUAUACUGCAGAGCAGGAGAAUGAACCAACAGUUGGGGUCAUCCCUAGGGUAAUACAGCUACUCUUUAAAGAGAUUGAUAAAAAGAGUGACUUUGAAUUUACUCUGAAAGUGUCAUACUUGGAGAUUUAUAAUGAAGAAAUCUUGGAUCUUCUAUGCCCAUCUCGUGAGAAAGCCUCUCAAAUCAGUAUACGGGAGGAUCCUAAGGAAGGCAUAAAGAUUGUGGGACUCACUGAGAAGACUGUUUUAGUUGCUCUGGAUACUGUCUCCUGUUUGGAGCAAGGCAAUAACUCUAGGACUGUGGCCUCCACAGCUAUGAACUCUCAAUCAUCCCGAUCUCAUGCCAUCUUCACCAUCUCCAUAGAGCAAAGAAAGAAAAAUGACAAGACUAGCAGCUUUCGUUCGAAACUGCAUCUUGUAGACCUUGCUGGAUCAGAAAGACAAAAGAAAACCAAAGCUGAAGGGGAUCGUCUAAAAGAGGGCAUUAAUAUUAACCGAGGCCUCCUAUGUUUGGGAAAUGUAAUCAGUGCUCUUGGAGAUGACAAAAAAGGUGGCUUUGUGCCCUACAGAGAUUCCAAGCUGACUCGACUACUUCAAGAUUCUCUAGGUGGUAAUAGCCAUACACUCAUGAUAGCCUGUGUUAGUCCUGCUGACUCCAAUCUAGAGGAAACAUUAAAUACUCUUCGCUAUGCUGACAGAGCAAGAAAAAUCAAGAACAAACCUGUUAUUAAUAUUGAUCCACAGACAGCUGAACUUAAUCAUCUGAAGCAACAGGUACAGCAACUACAGGUCUUGCUGCUACAAGCCCAUGGAGGCACUCUACCUGUGUCUAUAAAUAUGGAACCAUCAGAAAAUCUACAAUCCUUGAUGGAGAAGAAUCAUUCCCUGGUAGAAGAGAAUGAAAAAUUAAGUCGUGGCCUGAGUGAGGCAGCUGGUCAGACAGCCCAGAUGUUGGAGAGAAUCCUUUUGACAGAGCAAGCAAAUGAAAGAAUGAAUGCCAAGCUAGAAGAGCUCAGGCAUCAUGCAGCCUGUAAAGUGGAUCUUCACAAAUUAGUAGAGACUUUAGAAGACCAGGAAUUAAAAGAAAAUGUAGAGACUAUUCGUAACCUGCAGCAAGUGAUUACACAGCUAUCGGAUGAAACUAUUGCUUGCAUGACUGCGGCUAUCGAUACUGCAAUAGAACCAGAAUCUCAAGAGAAAACCAGUCCAGAGACCAGCAGAUCUUCUGAUGGUUUUACCACUCACCAUGCUCUACGUCAAGCUCAGAUGUCUAAGGAGUUAGUUGAGUUGAAUAAAGCUCUUGCAAUGAAAGAGGCCCUAGCCAAGAAGAUAACUCAGAGUGAUAACCAACUACUGCCUAUUCAGUUCCAGUACCAGGAUAACAUAAAGACUCUAGAAUUAGAAGUUAUCAAUCUACAAAAAGAAAAGGAAGAAUUGAUUCUUGAACUUCAAACAACUAAGAAGGAUAUCAACCAAGCCAAGUUGAGUGAGCGUCGUCGCAAACGUCUCCAAGAGCUAGAAGGUCAAAUAGCUGAUCUGAAGAAGAAGCUUAAUGAACAGUCCAAACUUCUGAAGCUAAAAGAAUCUUCAGAGAAUACUGUCUUCAAACUGAACCAGGAGAUACAGGUGAUGAAAACCCAGCGAGUACAGUUAAUGCGUCAGAUUAAAGAGGAUGCUGAGAAGUUUAGACAGUGGAAGCAUGAGAAAGACAAGGAAGUGAUUCAGUUAAGAGAACGAGAUCGCAAACGGCAAUAUGAACUGCUCAAACUUGAAAGAAACUUUGAGAAACAGGCUAAUAUUCUCAGACGUAAAACUGAGGAGGCAGCAGCUGCCAACAAGCGUCUCAAAGAUGCUCUCCAAAAACAGCGGGAGGUUGCAGAUAAGCGGAAAGAGACUCAUGGCCGCGGAAUGGAAAACACUGCAGCUCAAGUGAAAAAUUGGCUUGGAAAUGAAAUUGAGAUUAUGGUCAGUACUGAGGAAGCCAAACGCCAUCUCCAUGACCUUAUUGAAGAUCGAAAGAUCCUCGCUAAGGAUGUGGCUCAACUCAAAGAAGUGAAUGACUCUGGGGAGAAUCCGCCUAAUAAACUCCGGAGACGUACAUUCUCACUUGCUAAAGUGCAUCAUCCAGGUAAAGAGGAUUCCAUUACAAAAGAGAUUGAAAGCCUCGAGACUGAAAUGGAACUCAGAAGUGCACAAAUUGCUGAUCUACAGCAGAAGUUGCUGGAUGCAGAGAGUGAAGACAGGCCUAAACACCGCUGGGAAAAUAUUGCUACCAUUAUGGAAGCCAAAUGUGCCCUGAAAUAUUUAGUUGCAGAGUUAGUCUCCUCCAAAAUACAAGUAAGCAAGCUUGAAAGCAGCCUGAAACAGAGCAAGGCCAACUGUGAUGACAUGCAGAAGUUGCUGUUUGAUGAGCGAAAUCAUUUUACUAUAGUAAAAAUAGAGUUGCAGGAUAAGCUGGUCAGAGCGGAGCAACAGCACCAAGAGAAGGUGCUGUACCUUCUUAGCCAGCUUCAGCAAAGUCAAAUGACAGAAAAACAACUGGAGGAGUCAGCCAGUGAAAGGGAACAACAGUUGCUGAGUACACUGAAAUGCCAAGAUGAAGAACUUGAGAAGAUGCGAGAAGUGUGUGAGCAAAAUCAGCAGCUUCUCCAAGAGAAUGAAAUCAUCAAACAGAAAUUGACCCUCCUUCAAGUAGCCAGCAGACAGAAGCCUCAUCUUCCUAAGGAUCUCCUUCAGUCUCCAGACUCUUCAUUUGAAUAUGUCCCACCAAAGCCCAAACCAUCCCGUCUUCUUAAAGAAAAGUUCCUAGAGCAAAGCAUGGACAUUGAAGAACUAAAACAUUCAGAGCAUUCAGUGGAUGAACCUGAGGAUGACGAUGUUGAUGAUGGGGAUGAUGAAGAGUGGAAGCCAACAAAGCUAGUUAAGGUGUCAAAGAAGAACAUUCAAGGGUGUUCCUGCAAGGGCUGGUGUAGAAACAAGCAGUGUGGGUGCAGAAGACAAAAGUCAGACUGUGGCAUCGACUGCAGUUGUGAUUCCACAAAAUGUAGAAACCGUCAGCAAGGCAAGGAUAGCAUGGUCACUGUUGAAAGCACACAGGAUGCUGAGGGCUCCUUCAAACUGGAAGAUCCCACAGAGAUCUUGAAAGAGAUGUGUGAUGUGGAACAGGUGCUAUUAAAGAAGACAGAUCCAGCUUCCUCCUCCCUUAGCCUCUCAGAGUUGAAGCAUGCAGCAACAGAAUCUCAAGAAAAUAAAGCUCCAGGGAAGAAAAAGAAACGGACUUUAGCCAGCAAUGCCAGCUUUUUCUCUGGCUGCUCCCCUGUUGAAGAAGAAGCCCAUUGAGGCUAGACUUGUCAUUUCUGCCACAGUCUGGCUUGAGACAGUCCUCCAAGUUAUAGCCAGAAGAGUUUUGUUUUUUAUGAUUCAUCUGGAUUUCAGUUUUCUUCUUUUUGAGAAAAAGAACAGUAUAUUAUAGAAAGAGAAGAAACCUUCAUUGGAUGUUGACACUCUGUCUCCUUCCCCCAACCCUAGACUACUACUCUCUUGUCUUCAGAAAGGUGCUAAGCUACCUGCUGAAGAAAGGACAAACUCAGCUUUCUGUUAACUCAACAGGAACCAGUCCCUAGUAAUAUUUUCUGUCCUGAUUUUCUCUGGAUUGUGUCUUAACUAUUCCUUCAGUUUCCUUCUGUGUUGCUAAGGUAAAUGAAAUCUUUCAAAAUGUUAAUGUUAAAUAAAUAAAUCUUAGUACA